CUCCUGUCGCUUUGGUGUCUGUGAGUGUGUGUUGUUUCUCUCUCCUGUGUAAGAACACAGCUGCCUGCCGGUCUCCCGCUGGCUGUCGCAGCUUCUCUGACUAGCUUUUCGCCUCCUGCCUCUCCUUCUCUUUCCGCUUAGCUCCUUGUCUUCUGAUACUACUCCCAGUAUGGAGGUGAAUCACUCUGUACAGCUCUCAGGAGAACCCCAGUCAACACCUCCAGGGGACAGUUCAUCAUUACUGAGUCAAAGUGGCCUGGAGAAGCAAGAUGAUAAGGAUUCCUCAACCACACUCCAAACAACAGAGGAUAAGGCAAGUGUGCAGUCUGAACAGGGAGUUCAAGAUAUCUCUGAGGAACUAAAUCGACAACUGGAAGACAUCAUUAACACCUAUGGGUCUGCUACUGAAAAAGAGGGUCCCGUCAAGACAAAGGAGCCACCUGAGAACAUAGAACCACUGGACAAUGAGGAUUUGGAUGGUGAUGAGGCCACUGAAGAGACUGAGAGAGAACCCUUGUCUUCUGGAGAACCAACCACAACCAAAGAGCCUGUCAGCAAUAAAGAGCAAAAAUUGGAAAAGAAAAUCCUUAAAGGAUUAGGCAAAGAAGCCAACGUGCUGAUGCAAAAUCUGAACAAGCUGCAAACACCUGAAGAAAAACUGGAUUUUUUAUUCAAGAAAUAUGCUGAAUUGCUGGACGAACACCGCACUGAGCAAAAGAAGUUAAAGCUCUUACAAAAGAAACAGGUACAAAUCCAAAAGGAAAAGGACCAGUUACAAAGCGAGCACAGCAGAGCUAUCCUCGCAAGAAGCAAACUGGAGAGUCUAUGCCGGGAGUUGCAGAGACACAACAAGACACUGAAGGAGGAAACCCUUCAGCGGGCACGAGAGGAAGAAGAGAAAAGGAAGGAGAUCACAAGUCAUUUCCAGACCACUCUGACGGAUAUCCAGGCCCAGAUUGAACAGCAGAGUGAGAGAAAUAUGAAGCUGUGUCAGGAGAACACAGAGCUUGCAGAGAAACUGAAAAGCAUCAUUGAUCAGUAUGAGCUCAGAGAGGAGCAUCUGGACAAAAUAUUUAAACACAGAGAACUGCAGCAGAAGCUGGUGGAUGCAAAACUGGAACAGGCCCAAGAAAUGAUGAAGGAAGCCGAGGAGCGACACAAACGCGAGAAGGAAUAUUUGCUGAACCAGGCAGCAGAGUGGAAACUUCAGGCCAAAGUGCUGAAGGAACAAGAGACAGUCCUACAGGCUCAGCUUACCCUCUACUCUGGAAGAUUUGAAGAGUUCCAGAACACACUAACAAAAAGCAAUGAGGUGUUUGCCACUUUCAAACAAGAAAUGGAUAAAACAACUAAGAAAAUGAAGAAGUUAGAGAAGGACACAGCCAUGUGGAAAGCCCGGUUUGAGAACUGCAACAAAGCUCUGCUGGACAUGAUUGAAGAGAAAGCACUGAGAGCUAAAGAAUAUGAGUGCUUCGUCAUGAAAAUCGGGAGGCUGGAGAACCUCUGUCGAGCUUUACAAGAAGAGAGAAAUGAACUGUACAAGAAAAUUAGAGACGCAAAAAUGCCUGAAACGGAUGACCGAGGUCAGCACACCUCCGACGAAGAGCCCGAGGCCGCCGUGUCUGGGGGCGUGGGGGUUGAUACAAAGGAAGCCGAGAGCGUUCACAACGCUGUGAAAAACCUGGCCACAGCCUUCAUGGUCAUUCAUCAUCCAGAGUCAACCCCUGACCUGGCCAGAGAAAGCCAACCAGAAUUCGGCAGUCCUCAAGGGGGUGCUGACUCAGCCCUGCGGGAGCCGGAACAAUCCCCUCGGAGCCCUUUAUGCCCUUCCCUGCCUCCCCCAACUCCUCAGGCGGAAGCCGAAGGAAGCCGUGAGGCAGAACUGCCCCCCAGGCCCGGGAAUCCCCCCGCCAGGUCGGAAGCACAGGCCCAAGACCAGGGUCUCCCUGCAGCAGCCCAGGCUGACCAGCCGCCCCAGAAGCCAGAGGCAGAAGCUUCCAGUCAGGCCCCGCAGUCCCCCGCCGAGGCUCCCCUAUCAGCGAUGGAGGCAAAUGAUCAGGCUCCACCAGCCAGGCCAGGUGAGCAGACUCCAGCCGGGGUGCUCGCAAGUGGGCCCAGGAGGCCGCCGCCGCCGCCCCCACCCCCACCGGAAGCAGAGGCAGAGGGGCUGCCCCAAGGGGCCGACACCAACCUGGAAGGAGUAGACUAAGCCUCACUGUGUUUCCGAAGCUCUUCUUCCUGCCAGUACCUCUUCAUCAUAACAGAUUGUCUUCUGAAAAGGCAUUAAGGGCUAGGGAUGUCUAAGGGAAGAGACUUAAUUAGAAUCAAGACAUUUUCAAAUGUUGUGCAGAGCACUCUUAGCCUGUGCUAUUUGUUCUCAAUUUAUAACUCAUUUGCAGCUUUUCUGUUUAACGCUGGUUGAUAGUAUAAUUUUCCCAAAUGGCAACAAAACAUACAAAUAGAAAAUUCGUAUUAGUUCUCCAUUGAGAUGGUAUUUAUUUCAGUUUCUUAAUCAACAAUUAGAUUUGGUGUUUCAACACUUCCACUACAAUAUAUAAAUAUAGGAAAAUGUGAUGUUUCAUUUUAUUUCCCUAUAUAGUUUUGAUAGGUUCCAUAGCAAGUAAUGGAUGUCCAGGCUCCAUUUAAGUAUAUACAUAAUAUAUGCAUACAUAUGGAUGUGUCUGAAUGUAUAUACAUAUAUGUGUAUGUGUCUGAAUAUGUACAUAUGUGUGUGAAUAUAUACAUAUAUGAGUUUAUGCGCCUAUAUAUACAUGUGUGUAUUUUAUAUUAUAUAUACACAUAUAUUUAUAUAUAUAUACAUACAAAUAUAUACACAUAUACAUAUAUACACAUACACACACACAUAUAUAUAUUACACAUACAUUUCAUCCCUUUUUGGAGUUCUGUCAGGUAAAAUAUUUAGAUGGUAAUCAAAAAAAUCAUCUCCUAUUUGCUUGGGGUGAGAGUAGACUAAUGCUCUGUGAAUCAGAAGUAGGAUCAGAAUGCAAGUACUUAGGCCACGUAAUGUUGGGCAAAAACAAGUAACCAGAUGGUAGAUCAAUAAAUCCAACCAAUUGACCAAUUGAUCAAAUGUCCGAACAGCACUCUGCACACAUGGUGAGUGUGCAGAACACAUAGACACGAAGUUGUCACAAGAGGUUGUAAGCAGAAAAGGGGAACAGUCACAGCUAUAGACCGCUCACCUCUUCCAGAUGCCUCUCAGACACAACUCAGCAUAUUGCCUUGCUACCCCGUGUAGUGAGGCAGGGACUCAUGAUUACCUGCAUGGAAAGGACUGGAAGUGGGUUGUGAGCCAGGGCAUGGAGGGAUUGAGGGUCCUCAGACUGACAGAAGGCUAUGCUCUUAUUCCUGCCUCCUGUGCGAUAGGAGUCUUGAGAAAGAAUGUUCACCUGCCCCUACCAGGUCCCAAGCUCCCUCACUGUCAUCUACUGCUCUCUUUCCAGAGGGUUUCCACCACUUCUUGUCGUCAUGGCUUUCAUGUAUAUUCUCAAAGCACCUGCACAUUUUUUCCAACUUCUUCCCGCCCCAGACUUUGCAGGAAAUUUUACCCAGACUUCAUUUCAAUUAUUGCUAACUAAAAGCGAUUAUUUUUCCAAAACAGAAGUCCACAUAGGAUCUCAAUAUGAGUGAUAAGGCAUACAAACCAACACGUUAUCUGCUUUUUGGAAUUCUCUACAAAGAACAAAUGGGUCCCUACUCAAAAUGGUUUGAAAAAUAGGUAAGGACUCAGGAGAAGGCAAAAGCUAGAGACACCUGGGGUUGUCUACAUGAGUAUUACAUUGCCCUUGCUGGACAAGAACCUCUAAUACUGCUGAUGGCAUAAGUUACUCAACCUAGGGUAGAGGGAGACUGGAACAAUGAAACAGGAAGCAAGGGAGAACAGGAGGGCAAAGAAGAGAAGAAGAGGGAGAGGAGGGAGAAAAUGAAAAAAUAAAUCUAACCCAGCCCUACCUUAAAAGUUGAAUUCAAACGGAAAAAUGGAUAAAGGCAAGAUUCUCUACUAUUCCUUCAGAAUACCAUUCUUCAGUGUCGCAGGGGGCUUUCUGCCAGGGGACACAAAGUGCUUGUAGGCAGCAACCAGAUGCUCCAAAAAUUGUAAACUGCAUAUAACUUGUUUGAAGUAGACAGUGAGGGUAAGAACAAAAUGCUAAUCAGG